AAUCCAUGUUUUAGUUUAGAUGUUGGAGAGUACAGAAAUUUUCAAAUCUAUGUUUCAGUUCGAAAUUUGGAGAACACAAAAGUUUUAAAAUUUAUGCUUGAAUUUGGAUAUCGGCAAGUACAGAAAUCUCCAAGUUUAUGCUUUAGUUCGGGUGUUGAAGAUGAAAUUUUGAAGUUCAUAUUUUAGUUCAGAUCUUGGAGAUUGUAAAAAAUUUACAAACUUAUGUUCUAGUUUGGAUGUUGGAGAACACAGAAAAUUUAAAGUUUGUUAUUUCAAAUUUUGAAGAGAACAGAAGUUUUCAACUUUAUGCUUCAGUUUGAGCUUUGAAGAUCAAAAUACAUUUUUUUCUGCAAUUCAUUCAAAACCAAGAAAAAAAUGAAACUGAUGCAUCUUUUACUUUUACUUACAUUCUUCGCAAUUGCUUCAACGGAAAACGCAACAACGGAAGAAAGCAACUUAUCACUAGAUGAGACUUAUGGAAACUUUACUUCGGAGGAAGCAGAGCUUUCGCUCGUGGAUAUUGAGAAAAAAUUGAAAAGUUUCAUCGGUGUUAUCAUGCAACAGGCUUUCCCGUACGUCUUCAGAAUAAGUACGGAAUCUAGGGUUUCUACUUAUUGCAUGCUGGAUCUGGCGAAAGUUUACUUUGGAUUUCGAAGAUUGGAGCCAUGGGCGUUUAAAUUGAUAGAUUCGGCCGGCAAAUUUUCUGGCGGCCUCUUGGAAGGGACUACCUCUGCUCUCGGAGAUUACGAUGAAUGUUUGGACAUCAGCAUAGGUAGCAAAAGCACCAAACUUCAGCCUUCCAGGGGAGAGUAUUGCCUUCUCGAGAUCAAGCCCCCCGAACCUUUACUCAGAGCUAUAAAAGAUUUUCAAGUUAAUAAAAAGAAGAGCAAUUACACAUUGGCUACAACUCCAUCGUUUUUAGGAUUUCUGCGAAAAGUGAGAACCAACCCCAAUCACAUUGUGUUUCGAAUGGGAAUUUGUAUGCCAUCCACAUGCCGACGAUCAGAUGUUCAAGAGCUCCUUAAUACUGCAACAAAAGACAUUGCAUUUCCUGUAGAGGUCAAAAGAUGCGAGUAUAAGAAGGAUGGUUUCCAAUUUCAACCCCAUCAAAUUUUAAUUAUAAUAGCAUUAUGCAUUUGUGUGGGAAUAGUUUUAGUAGGAACGGCAGCUGAUUUUUUCUGUCUCAAGCAAGACGAUGGUAAAAAAUCUAUAUCUGAAGAUGAUUUAAGAAAUCCAGAAAAAGUCAUCGGGAAGAAGAGGACAUCGAAAUGCCUCGAGGUGGUCGCGGAGUUCUCCAUCAACCGUUCUCUGAAAAAGCUGCUCGAUUGCUCCUUGGACGGUGAUGCGCUGGAUGUGGUCAGGGGUGUGAAAGUUCUGACGAUUAUUAGUAUGAUUUUUGCUCAUACAUAUGCUUUGCCGCAUCCCUUGCACUUGUACAGAUUUCGGGACACCCUCAAUUUCACAAAGUUCAUUGACAAUGUCCUAUUCGGAGUAAUAGCCAAUUCGUCUGUUGGUGUGGAUACAUUCUUUGUUUUAGCGGGUUUUCUCUUCGUCUAUUACAGAUGGAGGCUUUUGAAAAAGCCAUCCGGGAUUUCUUACACUGGAAAGUUUUUGAAUCUAAUUUAUGUGAGAAUGCUAGCUGCACAAGUUCUUGUCAUCAGUUUGUUUUUCUUGCUUCCUGCUUUCGGCUCUGGACCUUUGUGGGAAGAAUUUGUGGAGGAGCCUCUCAAUAACUGCAGGAAAACAUGGUGGAUGAAUCUACUUUUUAUACAGAACUUCCUUGGACCUUACGACAGCUGUCUGUAUCAUACGUGGAUUUUGGCUACCAUAAUGCAGCUUUUCCUUAUUACAGCUAUAGUUCUUUUAAUUUUAAGUAGAUGGCCAAUGAUUGGUAUAAUAUUGAGCACCUUGAUCAUAUGUUUGGGUGCUCUGGGUGUAACAAUCGUGACGAUUGUGUAUGAUUUUCCAGCGACGUUUACAGUCUAUUUCUACGAUUACAGAACAUCAAUCCAGCUGUGGAAAUAUUUAUACGUCCAGUUUUACACCCACAUAGGACCAUUCUGCAUUGGGAUGCUGCUAGCCCACAACAUUGCUGAAUAUCCAGUCAAGCAAAUAAAUAAGAGAACAGCCAUCUUGCUUUGGAUAUCAGCUUUGGUCACGAUGUGUUGCAUUAUUUUUGGUCUCCACCAUUAUAGAGACGGAGAAGAAAUGGAAAGAAGUCUGGCCAUUUUCUACGCUGCUCUCCAUAGACCAGCGUGGGCAAUAUCAAUUGGAUGGAUUAUUUAUGCUUGCGCAUCAGAUUGUGGAGGCAUAAUCAACAGUGUUCUGUCCUGGAAAGUCCUGAUUCCACUAGAACGUCUCUGUUAUUUAGCAUAUUUAUUGCAUGUCCCAGUUAUGUACUACCAAGGAGGAAUCCAGAGGGAACGAAUGUAUAUGGGACACUAUAACCAAGUUAUGAGCUUUUUUUCAUACCUUGUGACUAGUUACGGUUUGGCCUUCAUUGGGUAUCUUCUGUUUCAAGGACCGUACGAGUAUAUCGAGGGCAGGAUUUUUGGCAAAGGAAAUGACAACAUUUGGAAAACUCAUUCUGCUACCGUAUCGCAAGAAACUUUGGAAAAAACUGAAGAAGGAACUUCACCUUCAAAGGAAGAAACGAACUCUAAGGUUUUAUAUAAUAGAUAUGUACGAAAGGACUCGCUGUGAACAAAGUUGGCUUAGCGUGAAAAAUUUAACUGGAAGGGAUUUGAUGAUAUAUUAAAGUAUUUUGUAGAAUUUUGCAUAUUUGUCCGAUAAGUUAAAUCCUAAAAUAUAAAAACUUAGUAGACUGAAUAUAGCGGGUUAUUCUUAUUCAAUUCCUCAUGAGUUAUUUUAAAACUAUGAUGGUCUUAUUCAUUAACCAUUGCAUAAAUUCUUUUAAGAUAUCAAGGAUGUCAAUCUUUUGAGGAUAAUAUUCUGCUCAUUUGACGUUCGCAUUGAAAUUUGAUUUUUUUUUGUUCUGACGACUGUCCUAAAAUAUGCAUCGAAUCUCUCAAAUUUUGUUUUUGCUAAAUGUUGCUUUUAAUUUUUAUCUGGCUGAUUUGGGUUUUCAACUUAUUGGAUCAAUAGUAUGAAUAAAACUUCCCUCAAUUAGAUUCAAUGAUAUAUUAUGGUAAUGCGCAAUUGUAACCUUAGUGGUGUCAAUCGUUAGGUGUACCAUGGAUCAAGCAUAACUGCAAGAAGUCUUCUCCUGAACUGGAGUAAAGACAUAUUAACGUGCGCAGGCCAUUGGUUCUACAUUACCAUGCAUGAUUCCAAACGCGCAUUAAUUGGCAAUUAUUUAUUCCAUGAUUAAAAUUUUCGCCUAGAGCAACGCCUCCUAAAUACUAAAUACUUAUCGCGUUCUAGCUUUUAACAUAGAGCAAAAUGUUUACAGUUAUAUAACAAUUUCGGUAUCUUCGCAAUGCCAUCUAUCGAAGGUUGGAAGGUUUAGAAAUUAAUAACUGAGAACAAACACAAUUGGUUAACUUCUAAAUUUAAAUUUUGAAAUUGACCAAUUAGCGAUUUGAUUUGAAUUGUUUAGAUUCAUCGUCAUAGAAACGCCAUCCAAGUAUUGCCGUCAGGUAGCGUUGUUUGUGUACCGGCGGAGGAUCACUUUUAAAGCAAAUUUGAUAGGCAUUUAGUAUUUAGGAGGCGUUGCCUAGAGAAUGGUGAUUGUUGACUGAACUGACAUAAUCUGGUUCUCCAACUCAUUUCUCGUUCGUGGAGUUUUUUUUUUUUUUUUUUUUUGGACGUUCCUCGUCCAUCGCUACGGAUAUUUCUGUGAGGCAAUAAAUAUAAAUCGCAGAAUGCGCAAUCCGGAGUACUCGAUCUCAUCAAAAAGCCUCGAUUAACGAACGUGGUACACAAGGAACUAUCCGUUUAACAAAGCGGACUUGAGCAAUUUUUGUUUUUACUAAAAUUCGAUAUUUGGCUCAGAUGGAAAUACCAAAAACCCAGAGCUCUACUAACCAACCCUCUUUGUUUCGGUAUCAUUAAGUAACACCAGUUCUAUGUCUAUAUGCAAAAACUAAUGGUCUGUAAAACCAAUUUAUGAUCAAUCUAUUUGAAUAUGUUCGAUAUUGUAAGAUGAUUCAGUUCAGUUAAUAUGCUUUAAAUGUUUUUAUAUAUUUUCAUAAUCAGGUUCAAACAGGCAAACAACCAGAAAAUUUUACAAGAGAAUUGCUAACCUGAACCAUGGCCGCACUUGAUUCGCUUACGCUUAUAGUCCGUGACCAUCACUGAAAUUCAUGGCAACAAAAAGAUCGCUACAGGCAAUACCUGUUUUCCAUUUUUACAAUCAAAAUGUCCAUUGAUUGGUGUAUACACAGGAUUGGAUUCAGCGCCUCUUGCGGCCAAAGUUGGCGACAUAUGAAGUUUCACAUUUUUUGAGAAUUUCAAGAGCAGAUCAUCUUAGGCUACUAGUUGCAUAGGUUUAACAAAGAAUAGUCAUAAAUUGUCAAGGCUCGUAAGAAUCAAGUGCGGUCAUGCCUGAACUAAACAGCAAUAUGUAGCCGUUUUCUUCUUAUCGCACGACACACUAAAACGUUUUUCAAUUUUGAACUUUAGAAGAUUUUUAUGAAGAUAUCUCUUGUUAAAAAAGAAGGCGGUUGUACCAUAAUCUUGGCGAUUGUGAACUCACCAAACUCAAAAAACGCAUGUAGUCAGAACUAAAACAUCCCUCAUUUAGUUGUUUUUAAACUGCAACAUGAAAAUAAUAAAGUGAAAACAUACUGCUACCUUUAAACUUUUAAAGGCAGCUUUUAAUAAAAAGCAAAAUAAUAAUAAUAAGGAGAAUAAAAUAAAUAAAAUAAACGCAGAAGAAAGCAAUUUAAUGAGGUUACAGUUUCAUAUGACGUCGAUUUCAAAUCAUUUUAAAGCUCUUUUUAAAGCAGAUUUCAGUGUGUUAAUGUAUCAUAUUAUUUUUAUGAUUCAGACUUCGAGUCUGUAGAAACUAGUCUAUUGUAUUUUGUACGUAUUGUUUCUAUGUUUAUACUUUGUGUUUAUAAAUUGUAAAUUAAUCUCUAUAUUGCUGUG